GCCAGCUGAUAACAACACCAGCAAGUUGCUCGCCGUUGAGCGAGAUAUUCAAGUUACUCCCAAGACACCGCAUUUUCAUCGACGGCCUGCCAGAACGGAAAGGCCAAAUCGAGAUAUCUUUACACGAGAGGCGAGAUAACGACACGGAGAGAUGGAGCACGUGGCGAAGUUUUUGACGGGCGCCCUGCGAGCCACGACUGUGGAGCCCGUGAUGCUGGUGGACGGGGCGUGUAAGGAGGCCAUGCUUCUUUAUACAGAAAAUGUUCAGAUGAACAAGAUCUGUACCGUCAAAAUGGGUUACUCCUCCGAGGUGUGCCAGAACCUCUCUGCUUACGAGGAGGAGAACGUGGCCGUGCAGCGGGAACUGACGCUGUUCACCUUCUACAACAGCAUCAUCAUGUCGGUGCUGCCGCUCAUCUACGUGCUCUUCAUGGGCGCCUGGAGCGACAAGUACGGCAGAAAGAUUCCUAUGACCAUCACUCUCGUGUGCCGACUCCUGUUCGCUGCGGGCUACCUCCUUGUCAACUGGCAAACCAGCUGGCCCGUGGAGGUGCUCUACCCGGUAACUUUCCUCGAGGCGAUCGGCGGAGGCAACGCCGGGAUGCUCUCUUCUUCCCUCAGCUAUAUCAGUGACAUAAGUCGAGAGAAGGAUCGUACGUCGCGUCUGAGUACUGCUAGUUCCCUCUGGUACCUCGGGGGACCCAUGGGCACUCUGCUAGCCGCUGUCCUCAUCAAAAAUGGUGGCUACAACCUGCCUCUCGGACUAGUGUUCCUGACCUACAUCGCCGCCGUCUUCUACGUCGUGAUGUUCAUCAGUGAGAGUCACGGCCCGUCCGCCAAGAAGGAGCUGCAGGCCCGCGGCUCCCUGCAGCCCCAGGACAGCAUCAUCAAGAAAAAGAGGGUGCCGCUCUGCACCAUGGUGAAGGACUUCUUUGACUUCCACCGAGUCAUCGAGUCCUUCAAGACGGCCAUCAAGAGGCGCGACGGGAGCAUGCGUGCUGUGCUGCUCGUCGUUCUGGCCGCCAACAUGCUGCGCCGCGUUGCUCGAGGCUUCUUCAUGUACCAGUUCGUGCGACAAGUGUUGCAGUGGGAUGCCUCUGAGUAUGGCUACUGGAUCACCUACCGCAACCUCCUGGCGGCUCUCGGGUCGCUUUUCCUUGUGCCUCUGUUGACAAAGAAGCUGGCGUUCUCGGACACGUCGUUGGUGGUGCUUGGAUCUGCCUCGCUCAUCCUCGAGUAUCUGAUGUACGGCCUCACGAGCGGAGUGUCCAUGGUUUUCCUGAUGUGGCUCGGACCGCCAGCCGGACUGAUGUCAAACGCAUCCAUCAUUGCCUUCAAAUCGAUGGCAACCAAACUGGUCUCGAGGCAAGAAAAAGGUCGCGUCAACGCCGUGAUCGCUGCCCUCAACGGCCUCAUGCCGAUGGUGGGCUACGCUGCCUACUCCCCCAUCUACUACCACACCGUUGACACCUUCCCCGCCGCUCAGUUCUACUUCGGCGCUAGUCUCAACCUACUCAUCAUGGUGGCUUUCUUAACGAUUGGGGCGGCCUUGGUUUCCGAGUCAUACGACACCGAGGACCUUGAGAAGGGCGGUGAUGGGCACAAACCCAACCUCAUCCACGGCCUGAAGAGGCGCUCGUCCGUAACCCUCAAGGCCAUCGUCCGUACAUUUAGCGUUCCGGGAGGUAAAAACGUCGUCAGGAUUCCUUCUCCACAGCCGCCACAAUCCCAAACCUUGGAGGAGGUAGAGGAAAGAGAUUCAUCGGAGGGCGCGGCGACACCCUCACGCGAAAGAUUUGCUGCCUGUUAUUCCAAUGCUAUGACUGACGCCGAGCUAACAGCGACCGAGGCUGCUGGCAAGGAAGCCGCUGGUCCCCCCGUGGUCCCAGUGCUCACCGAGGAAAAGAAGCAGGCUGUUGGAUCCACCACGUGCUGAUGAGCUGCCAUGCAAAAUAUCUGCGUGUCUUCUCUCAUCUCAGGAAGGGCUGAUGGCUACCAACGCACCGCGUUUUCUCGUAUCAUAUCAUCACCAAUAACAUUAUCAUAACUUAUUGCGUAUAUUUAUGUGUGGGUGUACCAAUUAUUUAUGUGCAUGAAUGUGUACUUGCGUAAUAUAAGAAAAACGUUAAUGUUUUUUGUCGCUUCCUCAUCCUUCAACUCUUGCUGCUGCGUAGAAACUCGCCUCACACCACAUACCGCGCCGCCCCUGGGGCUGGAGCCUCUGACUCAGUGGUUCUUAAGCUUUUUACUACCACGCCCUCUCCAGGAAUAGACCCCACGGGCUAUCUGUUCGUCUCAUCGCGACUUGAGGUCCCUCGCGUGCGUCGCCGCGGCAAUGCCGACGCUUCACCUUUUGUUUACUUUUAUUUUGGAGGGCUCGGUGUUGUCUACCGCAGCACCGUGCAUAUAGAGCACUUAUUAUGAAACCAUAAGUCAAAAUAAGCACAUCCUCAGAAACAUCAAGUAAAACUAAGCUAGAGAUGCUGGAAAGCAAAAUAGCCAUGAGCGAAACAUUCAGACGAAACAAAUCUCAUGUUGCCCCUGGACUAUAACAGACUCCUGCGUCCACGAGGUAGACACGGGCCCGCACACAUUCGUCACUCAGUCAUCAUGAUUACCAUAACUGACGCAAACUUUAAAACGGAAAAGUAGUGGGUAAUGUUAUAUUUUAUCCCGACCACCAGGUACUGACUGUACCGUGUUUGGACAUUUGCCUCCAAGCCAGGAUUGAGUUCGAGUACAUUUUUCGUACUCGAGUCCAAGUACGCUUCCCCUUCGGUAUCACGAAUCCAAGUACACAUACAAGUACUCAGUUUAAUGGCGGAACUCUAGUCCAAGUGCGAGUUCUUUUGUUCUGUACUCAAGUCUAAGUACAAGUAAUUUAUACUAAUUUAGACAUGAUUUUUCUGCUUCGAGACAAGUGGCAAACUGACAACCCCUCUUUGCCCUGGUCACCUGACAUGACCUCAGUGUCAGCUCAUCUCAGGGCCAAGGCCACCAGGCCUCCCCAAGCCCCAAGCUUAGAACACACCUUUGUCAAUUCCUUAAUCUGACCUCACCUCCUCCCACGCACGUCAUCAAACACCACACCAGCCGCAUAUUUGCAGUUGUGGUUGUACUCAAAUGUACUCGAAAGAACUCGUAAACUUACCCAGUACUUGGAGUCCAAGUACGAAUACAAGUGCAAGUACUAAUGAUCUUUUGACCCCGAGUACGAGUACAAAUACAUGACAUUGUGUACUUAAGUACGAUUACAAGUAAGAGUACGUGUACUUGGACCCAAGCCUGCUCCAAGCAAUAACUUGUAUACCGAAAUCUCGAAAUAGAAAAAAGAACCGCACUCACUAGGAUAAGUAGCCCCUAGAGUCUUGCCUUUAUAUCCCCACAUUAUCCCCCUUCCCUCUAUUGUAGGUCGUCGUAAUGUUUUCAGCCGUCACGUGAGGC